AUGUGGGAUGAUGAAGAUAAAGCAGUCGCCUUAGUAACUUCCUUAAGAGGAGCAGCAAUGGAAAUUAUCCAGAUAAUCCCGGAAGGAAAAAGAACGGAAUUCGCGGAAAUUAUGGAUGCCUUCGAAAGGAAAUAUGGUAGCAAACAUGUGAAGAAGUGGGAGCACGAUUCCGAACGGCAACUGGUGAGGAAGCUGAAUAGCAGAAACAUUUCGAUUAGCGACGUUUCAAUGAAGCAUGAAUUUCUGGUGGCAGAUAUAAUGGACGAAGUAAUAUUGGGGAUGGAUUUUAUGGCAAAACAUGGCUUCGUACUGGAUAUGAAAAGGCAAGUGUUACAAUACGCUAAUGUGACUUUGCCGUUGACUGUAAGAUACGACAGACAAGCCGAAGUGUUACAAGUUGUAGUACAACGACAACAGAAGAUCCCUCCAAAUUCCGAAGCAAUAGAGUGGGCCGCGGCUACCGAGGAGCUAAGGCUAAACAAGACAUGGGUUGUCGAGCCGAGUAAAGAACAUACGAAAGAAAACAUUAUCAUUGGAAAACCGGUUGUAUCACCAGUCAACAAUUUAAUACCAGUACGGCUAUUAAACCCGACCAGCGUUACAACAAAAAUUCACAAAGGGGACAUUAUAGUACAAUGCCAAAAAGCCGAAUAUGUAGUAGAUCAUCAAGCCGAAACUCCGAAAACACGCCCAACGGUAUCCCCAGAGGCUGAAAUUCUCAUAAAAGGAUGGACUAGCAAUCUGGAUGAGCAGCAGAAGAAAUAUGCCAAAAAGUUUUUGCUGGAAAAUUGGUCCAUCUUUGCUGACGGUACGAAUUUAAAUGGCCGUACUAAUGCAGCGAAGCAUAUAAUUAACACUGUAGGAGCUGAUCCGAUUCGGCAACGGCCUAGAAGAAUUCUACUGGCAAAAAGAGGAGAAGUGGCGGACUUAAUCGAAGACAUGCAAGAGCAGAAAGUUAUCGAACCAUCGAAUAGCCCUUGGUGUUCGCCAGUAGUCCUUGUUAAAAAAAAAGAUUGA